AUGGCUAGGCGGUUUGAGGCGGGAGCAUUGCCCAACUUGGGAGCGCCAGUAAGGCCGGAGUGGAGCGCCAAGCCCAUCUUCGCUCCUGCGUAUCUAGAAUCUCUCAAUCCCAGCCAUGUUUCAACUUUUAGUCAUUCCACGCCGAAGUGUCCCAUGAUGGAAGCCAUUGCUGAUGAUCUCCCUGAUAACGAUGUAAAUGGUGACAUUUCCUCGAGCCGUGACCAGGACGCCAAAGCAGAGCAACGCAGACAGCAGAACCGACGGAAUGCACAGGGCUGGAGAGCCUCAUCCGGCGUACCAGGAUGGGGUGGCUAUCCCGGCAAGUUUGCAACCUACGGCCUUACAACAGAAGCAGCCACAUCAUCCAUGACUGGACUUCUUUCCCUUUGCCCGCCUCCGGGGUGA